AAAAAUACAAAGAACCCACAAACAGACACCCAAAAAAGAAAAGAAAAAAAUAGAGAAAAGAAAAAGCUCCCUUCUGUUCUCUCUUCUCCUCCUUCCUCUCUCCCCAAAACAACAUUUCUAGUUUCUGGGUUUACUCCAUUGUUGUUCACUGUUACCUCCCAAAAUGGGUAAUGAGAGAGAGAAAGAGAGAGGAGUUGGAGGAGGAGAAAAGAAGAUGUUUGUCGGUGUUGUAAUGAAUUGUGCAGCAGAGCUUAAGUUUCUUUUAACAGCUCUUUUAAUUCUUUGUAGUGUAGCUACUCUUUUACAGUUUCUUCCUUCUCGUUUCACUAUUUCAACUUCCGAUCUCCGUUUCUGUAUUUCUAGAAUCACCACCACUACUACAACCACUACCACCACCACCUCCGCCGCCGACAUUAACCCAGAUGCCGUUUUAAAUUCCUCUUUGGCUUUCUUUUCCAACCCAUCACCACCACCUUCUGGUUUACAAGCUGAAAAAGUUACUGUUAAUGGAACUCUUAAAAGGGUUUUUAAUCCUUAUGGUGCUGCUGCUUAUAAUUUCAUUACUAUGGGUACUUAUAGAGGUGGGUUUAACAGUUUCGCCAUUAUUGGCUUAUCUUCAAAACCUUUGCAUUUGUACGCAAAACCUACUUACCAAUGCGAAUGGGUACCGGAAUCUUCCUUUUCUGGCGACAAUUCCUCCACCCCCACCCCUAUUUUCUCCUCAGCUUACAAAAUCCUUCCUGAUUGGGGCUAUGGCCGUGUUUAUACAGUGGUUGUUGUUAAUUGCACGUUUUCUCAACCUAUCAACAGUGAUAAUUCCGGUGGGAAGUUAUUCCUUCACGCCUCCACAUCUGGCGGUGGUGACAAAAACUUUAACAUUACGGAUAGAUUUGAGGUUUUACAAGAAAAACCAGGGAAUUUAAACACUACCAUUUUUUAUUCGAAACCCAAGUAUGAUUAUUUGUACUGUGGGUCUUCUUUAUAUGGUGGGUUGAGUCCACAAAGAGUAAGAGAAUGGAUGGCUUACCAUGUUAGGUUUUUUGGUGAGAGAUCUCAUUUUGUUAUACAUGAUGCUGGUGGGGUCCAUGAGGAGGUUAUGGAGGUUUUGAAGCCAUGGAUGGAUUUAGGGUAUGUGACAUUGCAGGAUAUAAGAGACCAAGAAAGGUUUGAUGGGUAUUAUCAUAAUCAGUUUAUGGUUGUUAAUGAUUGUUUGCAUAGAUACAAGUUUAUGGCUAAGUGGAUCUUCUUCUUUGAUGUUGAUGAGUAUAUUUAUGUACCCCCAAAGAAUACCAUUAAGUCUGUGUUGGAUUCUCUCUCUGAUUAUACCCAAUUCACAAUUGAGCAGAUGCCCAUGAGCAACAAGCUCUGCCUCUCAGCUGAUUAUGGUAGAUAUUACAGGAAAUGGGGGUUUGAGAAGCUUGUAUAUAGAGAUAUCAAGAGAGGUAUAAGGAGGGACCGAAAGUAUGCGAUCCAGCCGCGCAAUGUUUUCGCAACAGGUGUGCAUAUGUCACAGAACUUAGCUGGGAAGACAACACACAAAACAGAUAGCAAGGUCAAAUAUUUCCAUUAUCAUGGAACCAUAGCACAAAGGCGCGAACCGUGUAGAAACCUUCUAAAUGUGACAGAAAUCAACUAUGAAAACAACCCUUAUGUUCUGGAUACAACAAUGAGAGAUAUUGCUUGGUCUGUCAAGAAAUUUGAGCAGAAGAUGAUCGGGACCAGGUUACAAAAUACGCGGCAAUGACAAUAAUUAUAUAUAAAUAUGUUCGUUCUUUCAUAUUUCUUUAUAGGUUUUUUUUUUUUUUUCUCUUUUGGUUAUUUAAAUUGAUCUUUGAGUAGAAAAGAGAGAUUCAUGGGGGGUUUUGUUUUUUGUAUGAUAAAUGUUUCUUUCUUUCUUUCUUCUAUUUAUUUAUGAUGAAUAUAGAGGUGGCAUAUGAUGUUUAUACAUAAUAUGGGAGGUGUUGCAUUCUUUUGUGUCUA